AUGUCGUUGGGAGCUAUGAAUAGUCUGUAUGAGAGGAGCGGUGGAUCGGUGGUGGAGCACCAUCCGUCUUCUUACUGGGAGCAACCCUUUAGCCAGCCUUACUUCGACAACACGACGAAGAGGGACACCACGACGAUCAACGGCCAGACCACUUUCCUGCACUGCAGGGUGCGCAAUCUUGGUGAUCGUUCUGUGUCGUGGAUCAGGAAGCGAGAUUUGCACAUCCUCACCGUUGGAGUCUUAACUUACACGAGUGACGGCCGUUUCCAGUCGGUACACAUAGAGGGCUCUGACGAAUGGACCUUGAAGAUUACCUCAUCGCAGGUUCGGGACAGCGGAAUAUACGAGUGUCAGGUCUCAACCGAAUCGAAGAUCAGCCAGGCUUUUAACUUGAACGUCGUUGUCAGGUACAAGGAUGAAUACGUGAUAAAUUACAGUCAAAGAGGAGGAAUCAACGUUGUCACCGAAAAGCAAACGCGAACGUCGCGUCUCUUGAUAUCCAAGGCGUUACCUGCUGAUUCUGGAAAUUACACGUGUGCACCGUCUACUGCCGUGCCAGCCAGUGUCCUAGUCCACGUACUCAAUGGAGAGCAUCCAGCGGCGAUGCAGCACGGGAACUCGAGCAACAGCGGCGCGGCAACGAGGACGCUCGCGUUGCUCCUGUUGCUUCUGCACGCCGGUUCGUUCGCGAGGUGA